UCGGAGAGUUCAAGUUAAUUCCUCCGCCAGUCGAGAAAGUGUCAACAACCCCGCCAUGCCGCUACCCCUCAUCCAGCACAGCUGACACCGCAACACAUCCCCGGUCACAAUGCCGCAAGAACUCCUCAUCGACGUCCGCUCGCCCCUCGAAUUCUCCACUGGCCCUCUCGUCUCGGAUAUCGCACCCACGGUGAACAUCGAGUACACGUCGAUCGACUCGCUCGCCGACAUCUACGCCGCGCAAAAUACCACCGUUGCGAAAAACGACCAAAUCACGCUGUACUGCCGCAGCGGGCGGCGCAGCGCCAUCGCACGGAAGAGACUGCUCGAGCUGGGGUUCACGAAUGUCAGGGAUAUUGGUGGUUUCGAGGACGCGAGGCGCGUGUUGGAUCGCGAGACGGUGGGAAGGCAGCUGGAGGGGUUGGUCGGGGAGGAAGGGGUGGUGAACGCGGAGGCAGUGGGAAAGGGGGGUGAAGUGAAAGGUAAUGGGAGGGAGGGUGCGAGGCAAAAGGCGUUGGAUGAAUUACUUAGGGGGUUGCAGGAUUGUGAGAGGUGAGGUGUGGGUGGAGUGAGGUUUGACCUGCGUAGAGAGUUGUGGGUUGUCAGGAAUCGGAGUUGAAGCUGGAGCUGGAGUGGCAAGAACCCACGCAGGAUAUGCACGGUAAAGGAAGUCACGAAAGUGCGAAGGGAUACAAAGGCAAAUGCUCGCAAUGGUAGAUGAAUAUGCAGUGUUCGAAAACUACACAUGUACCGGUCUGAGGCUUAGUUGUGGUGGGGACCGUUGGCUUGCUUCUGGUUCUGCUGCUGGCCCUGCUUCUGGCCUUGCUGCUGCUGCUGCUGCUGCUGC